AGGAAACAACCCCUGAUGGUGACACAUCCAUAUUGAAGCCCUCCCCCACACCCCCAUGUCGGUGUCCUGGGGCAAAGACCCAGUACCUCAUGCUAAUCAGGGUUCAGGGAAGAAAAUCUGGCAUCUGCCCACACAGGCAAGAGGACAGAAGCGACCUGGCGUCCCCGUCCAUGAAGAGGCCGAACAGAGCAGCCUGCUGCUGCUGCUGCCGGGCAUCCCGCCGGGUGCACUAUGCUCCCUACAGCCCGGGGGACGCUGCCCAGGCAGCGGCCCCAGCAUCGCACCCGCUGCGAGAGCGGGAGCGGGAGGUGAGAGCCCACGACUGGAGCUGGGCGGCGGCCGCCGAGGAGGAAGAGGAGGCGGCGGUGGCUUUGGCAGCGGCCGCGCCGCGGAAAAGGGAUUAUUUUUUGGAGGAUGAUGGAGAAAUGGUACCCAAAACAAGUCAUGUAGCAGCUUUUCUCAGUGAAACUAAAGAACGGGGUCCCCCUAUGCAAUCACACCCUUGGAGAAGUUUUGAGAAAGCAUCCUUUGGCCAGACACACUCCUUGAGAGCAUUUGAAAAGGCCCCUUUGGGACAAACACAAGCCCUCAGAGACUUCGAGAAGCACCUCAAUGACCUGAAGAAGGAGAACUUCAGUCUCAAGCUGCGUAUCUACUUCCUGGAGGAGCGCAUGCAGCAGAAGUAUGAGGCCAGCCAGGAAGAUGUCUACAAAAGGAGAAAUGGAGACAACCAGAUCGCCAGUCGCUCUGGUACCUCCUGUGGGGUGGCCAGAGCCCUGGCCAAUGGCAGGGGAAUCUCUUGUUCCCAGAGCCUGAGCUGGCAGGCACCUUAA